AUGGCGCUGACGCCCGGGUGCGGGUCCUCGGCGGGGCUGGUCCGGCCCGAGCUCUGGCUGCUGCUGUGGGCAGCCGCGUGGCGCCUGGGUGCCACGGCGUGCCCCGCCCUCUGCACCUGCACCGGCACCACGGUGGACUGCCACGGCACGGGGCUGCAGGCCAUCCCCAAGAACAUCCCACGGAACACCGAGCGCCUGGAACUCAAUGGCAACAACAUCACUCGGAUCCAUAAGAAUGACUUUGCAGGGCUCAAGCAGCUGCGGGUGCUGCAGCUGAUGGAGAACCAGAUCGGAGCAGUGGAACGGGGGGCUUUCGAUGACAUGAAGGAGCUGGAGCGGCUACGACUCAACCGGAACCAGCUGCACAUGUUACCGGAACUGCUGUUCCAGAACAACCAGGCUCUGUCGAGACUGGACUUGAGUGAGAACUCCAUCCAGGCCAUCCCCAGGAAAGCUUUCCGUGGAGCCACAGACCUCAAAAACUUACAGCUGGACAAGAACCAGAUCAGUUGCAUCGAGGAAGGGGCCUUCCGGGCUCUGCGGGGGCUGGAGGUGCUGACCCUGAACAACAACAACAUCACCACCAUUCCUGUGUCCAGCUUCAACCACAUGCCCAAGCUACGGACCUUCCGCCUGCACUCCAACCACCUGUUCUGCGACUGCCACCUGGCCUGGCUUUCACAGUGGCUGAGGCAGCGGCCGACCAUCGGGCUCUUCACCCAGUGCUCGGGCCCUGCCAGCCUGCGUGGCCUCAAUGUGGCCGAGGUCCAGAAGAGUGAGUUCAGCUGCUCAGGCCAGGGGGAGGCGGGGCGCGUGCCUUCCUGCACCCUCUCCUCCGGCUCCUGCCCGGCCAUGUGCACCUGCAGCAACGGCAUCGUGGACUGUCGGGGCAAAGGCCUCACUGCCAUCCCCGCCAACCUGCCUGAGACCAUGACGGAGAUCCGCCUGGAGCUCAACGGAAUCAAGUCCAUCCCCCCAGGAGCCUUCUCUCCCUACAGGAAGCUGCGGCGGAUAGAUCUGAGCAACAACCAGAUCGCAGAGAUCGCGCCCGAUGCGUUCCAGGGCCUCCGCUCCCUGAACUCCCUGGUCCUCUAUGGGAACAAGAUCACAGACCUCCCCCGUGGUGUGUUUGGAGGCCUGUAUACCCUACAGCUUCUGCUCCUGAAUGCCAACAAGAUCAACUGCAUCCGGCCUGACGCCUUCCAGGACCUGCAGAACCUCUCGCUGCUCUCUCUGUACGACAACAAGAUCCAGAGUCUCGCCAAGGGCACCUUCACCUCCCUGCGGGCCAUCCAGACCCUGCAUCUGGCCCAGAAUCCUUUCAUCUGCGACUGUAACCUCAAGUGGCUGGCUGACUUCCUGCGCUCCAAUCCCAUCGAGACGAGCGGAGCCCGCUGUGCCAGCCCCCGGCGCCUCGCCAACAAGCGCAUCGGGCAGAUCAAGAGCAAGAAAUUCCGGUGCUCAGCCAAAGAGCAGUACUUCAUUCCAGGCACGGAGGAUUACCAGCUGAACAGCGAGUGCAACAGCGACGUCGUCUGUCCCCACAAGUGCCGCUGUGAGGCCAGCGUGGUGGAAUGCUCCAGCCUGAGGCUCGCCAAGAUCCCCGAGCGCAUCCCCCAGUCCACGGCCGAGCUACGGCUGAACAAUAAUGAGAUCUCCGUCCUGGAGGCCACUGGGAUGUUUAAAAAACUUACACAUCUGAAGAAAAUCAACCUGAGCAACAACAAAGUGACAGAAAUCGAAGAUGGGGCCUUUGAGGGGGCAGCUUCUGUCAGCGAGCUGCACCUGACCGCCAACCAGCUGGAGUCCAUCCGGAGUGGCAUGUUCCGGGGCCUGGAUGGCUUGAGGACCCUGAUGCUGAGGAACAACCGCAUCAGCUGCAUCCACAACGACAGCUUCACAGGCCUGCGCAACGUCCGGCUGCUCUCGCUGUACGACAAUCAGAUCACCACCAUCUCGCCCGGAGCCUUCGACACCCUGCAGUCCCUCUCCACGCUAAACCUCCUGGCCAACCCUUUCAACUGCAACUGCCAGCUGGCCUGGCUGGGUGACUGGCUGCGGAAGAGGAAGAUUGUGACAGGGAACCCACGGUGCCAGAAUCCAGACUUCCUGCGGCAGAUUCCUCUGCAGGACGUGGCCUUCCCUGACUUCAGGUGUGAGGAAGGCCAGGAGGAGGGGGGCUGCCUGCCCCGCCCGCAGUGCCCCCAGGAGUGCGCCUGCCUGGACACUGUGGUCCGAUGCAGCAACAAGCACCUCCGGACCCUGCCCAAGGGCAUUCCCAAGAACGUCACAGAACUCUAUCUGGACGGGAAUCAGUUCACGCUGGUUCCGGGGCAGCUGUCCACCUUCAAGUACCUGCAGCUCGUGGACCUGAGUAACAACAAGAUCAGUUCCUUAAGCAAUUCCUCCUUCACCAACAUGAGCCAGCUGACCACGCUGAUCCUCAGCUACAACGCCUUGCAGUGCAUCCCUCCUCUGGCCUUCCAGGGGCUCCGCUCCCUGCGCCUGCUGUCCCUCCACGGCAACGACAUCUCCACCCUCCGAGAGGGCAUCUUUGCAGACGUGACCUCCCUGUCUCACCUGGCCAUCGGUGCCAACCCCCUGUACUGUGACUGCCACCUCCGCUGGCUGUCCAGCUGGGUGAAGACGGGCUACAAGGAGCCUGGCAUUGCCCGCUGUGCUGGGCCCCCAGACAUGGAGGGCAAGCUGCUCCUCACCACGCCUGCCAAGAAGUUUGAAUGCCAAGGUCCCCCCACUCUGGCUGUCCAGGCCAAGUGUGACCCCUGCUUGUCCAGCCCAUGCCAGAACCAGGGCACCUGCCACAAUGACCCCCUUGAGGUGUACAGGUGUGCCUGCCCCAGCAGCUAUAAGGGCCGAGACUGUGAGGUGUCCCUGGACAGCUGUUCCAGCAGCCCCUGUGGAAACGGCGGGACCUGCCACAUGCAGGAAGGCGAAGGUGCUGGCUUCACGUGCUCCUGUCCCACUGGCUUUGAAGGACCAACCUGUGGAGUGAACACGGACGACUGUGCGGAGCACACCUGUGCCAACGGGGGCAUCUGUGUGGACGGCGUGGGCAGCUACACCUGCCAGUGCCCCCUGCAGUACGUGGGAAGGGCCUGUGAGCAGCUGGUGGACUUCUGCUCCCCGGAUCUGAACCCGUGUCAACAUGGGGCCCGGUGUGUGGGCACCCCGGACGGGCCCAGGUGUGAGUGUGUGCCAGGUUAUACAGGUGACAACUGCAGCGAGAACCAGGACGACUGCAAGGGUCACCGCUGCCAGAAUGGGGCCCAGUGUGUGGACAAAGUCAACAGCUACUCCUGUCUCUGUGCUGAGGGCUACAGUGGACAGCUCUGUGAGAUCCCUCCUGGCCUGCCUGCCCCCAGGAGCCCCUGUGAGGGCACUGAGUGCCAGAAUGGGGCCAACUGUGUGGACCAGGGCAGCAGGCCUGUGUGCCAGUGCCUCCCGGGCUUCGGCGGCCCCGAGUGUGAGAAGUUGCUCAGUGUCAACUUUGUGGAUCGGGACACUUACCUGCAGUUCACUGACCUGCAGAACUGGCCUCGGGCCAACAUCACACUGCAGGUCUCCACGGCAGAGGACAAUGGGAUCCUGCUAUACAACGGGGACAACGACCACAUCGCAGUUGAGUUGUACCAGGGCCAUGUGCGUGUCAGCUAUGACCCAGGCAGCUACCCCAGCUCUGCCAUCUAUAGUGCCGAGACGAUCAACGAUGGGCAGUUCCACACUGUCGAGCUGGUCGCCUUUGACCAGAUGGUGAAUCUCUCCAUUGACGGUGGCAGUCCCAUGACUAUGGACAACUUUGGCAAACACUACACGCUCAACAGUGAGGCCCCCCUCUAUGUGGGAGGGAUGCCCGUGGACGUGAACUCGGCUGCCUUCCGCCUGUGGCAGAUCCUCAAUGGCACCAGCUUCCAUGGCUGCAUCCGCAACCUGUACAUCAACAACGAGCUGCAGGACUUCACCAAGACGCAGAUGAAGCCAGGCGUGGUGCCAGGCUGCGAGCCCUGCCGCAAGCUCUACUGCCUGCAUGGCAUCUGUCAGCCCAAUGCCACCCCGGGCCCCAUGUGCCACUGUGAGGCUGGCUGGGGGGGCUUGCACUGUGACCAGCCAGCUGACGGCCCCUGCCAUGGCCACAAGUGUGUCCAUGGGAAAUGCGUGCCCCUCGAUGCUCUUUCCUACAGCUGCCAGUGCCAGGAUGGGUACUCCGGGGCCCUGUGCAACCAGGCCGGGGCACCGGCAGACCCCUGUGGGGGCCUGCAGUGCCUGCACGGCCACUGCCAGGCCUUGGCCACCAAGGGGGCACACUGUGUGUGUGACCCUGGCUUUUCGGGAGAGCUUUGUGAGCAAGAGUCCAAGUGCCGGGGGGACCCUGUCCGGGACUUUCACCAGGUCCAGAGGGGCUAUGCUAUCUGCCAGACCACGCGCCCGCUGUCGUGGGUGGAGUGCCGGGGCUCGUGCCCAGCCCAGGGCUGCUGCCAGGGCCUUCGGCUGAAGCGGAGGAAGUUGACCUUUGAGUGCAGCGACGGGACCUCUUUUGCCGAGGAGGUGGAGAAGCCCACCAAGUGUGGCUGUGCCCUCUGCGUGUAGCACCGGGCCAAGAAGUGCAGAAUGGUGACACCCCUCCUUGCCUACUACCUGGGCCCUUAAAGAAGAGGACGGACCCCCUCCCAAACCAGCCCUUCCCUCUGGCCGGUGGCCCAGGCUGGCCUGAAGCUGGGUCCUUGGCCCCAGAAGCCCCUUGCCCCUCUGAGGAUAACCUUGAAGUCAUCUGGGCCUCCCAGACAGCCAGCCUGGCCCACGUGCGCUGCAGCAUCUGCUGGCAGGAGGCUGGCUGCGGGGGAAGGGCCUCCUCCUGCUGGCCAGGAAGGGACUGACCCUUGCCCCUGGGCUGACUGGCAGCACUGCAGCACUGCUUGGGAAUGAGACUUGGGAGAGGUGGUUCUUAGGACUAGGCUUCUGGAUCCUGAUGUUAUAAGAUGGCCACCACAGCUUCAAAGAAAGGGCUCAUGUGGAGGAAAGGGCUCCUGGAGCUGCUUGGGGUGGAAGACCCCACCAAAGACGGCAGGGGUCCUUGGCUCCAGCUGAAUAAACACCACCAGUCUCCAGACACUAGCCACAGAAGGGGCAUUCAUCCUGGGCUUCCAGUGCCAGCCAGCCACAAGCUGUCGGCGAGCCACUGGCAGAGGUACAGGGUGUGGUGGGCCUGGGCCAGGCUGCCUGACCAGGGAGGGGUCUCCUCCCGUGGAGGCUGGGUUCAGAGCCUCUUGUACUGCAGGCCAGUAGUGAGCAGUGGAAGGGACAGUGGUUGAGCAUCAGGAAACCUCCACUGGCUCUAUCACGCUGGGCAAACUUCUGCCCCCAGGCCUUGGGUUCCUCAGCUAUAAACAGGGACAUGGGGUGACUAAAGGCACUGUGGUCUCAGAAGGGAGGCCCGAGGAGUCAGCAGACCCUUGUUCACUGAUCACAUCAACCAGAAUUUCCAUGCCUGGCCUGGGACAGGGUGCUGUGGGCAUUCUGCCCUAAUGGACAGGUGUGAACUCACCUGGAGCACGGCAGGAGUGGCCAGAUUGCCUGGGGAGAGUGUGAGCCGUAGGGCUCCAGCCAUGACGCAGGCCCAGGCUUGGGUUGCCACUGUAGGUGUUGUGGUGAAGGAUUCAGUGUUGGAAGAGCCACACGGUCAUCUGACUACAAAGGCUUCUCUUCAUGCAGAGUGAAAAUGUACAAAGAUGAUUUUUGAGCCCAAAUAGUGAGUUGGCUGAAGGAAGGAAAGGCCACACUCUCCUUUCCCAGAUGUUUCCCCAAGAGGGUGUACCCCUGGGGGAAUCUUGGGGCAAGGGGGGUGAGCAUGUCCUUUUCCUGGUUGGGGAGUGUGUUGGGGUGCGGGUGCGGUGGCCUUGUGCUCUGCCGCCCACCCAUGUGGUGCUGAUUCUAGAGGGCUGAGCCUCCUGCAGCUGUGGGGCCCUGGCAUAUUCCAUUAUACCAGGACUCAGGCCAGCAAGUUUAAGUCCUGGGGCCCCUGUGUUGAGAAGAGGGUCCUGCCCUGCCCAACUGGGGUAGUGUCAUCAUGGCUUCAGCUGCCUCCCACCAGGGGGCCGGGCCCUAUUUUUGUGUAACUCUGACCAAGGCGCGGGUGCACCCCCCCCCCCCCCGGUGGACAGCAGAUCCUGGGGCUGUGCAGCAUCCCUCUCCUGCUUGGAGUUUCCUGGCCACUGUGGGACCCUGAGCAGCUGCACCAGGCUGGAUAGGGCAGAAAAGCUCAAGUGCAGCCAGCUUGCCCCUUCCCUGGGAGAAAGGUGUUCUGAGGCUUACCAACCCUGAGAAAGGUAGCUUCCCUGGUUACCACCAUUCCCCACUGCCCUGGAGAAGACAAUUCUUGGGUGUGAUGGGCACCGACUGGCAGGAGGCUUCUUCACUCUACUCUGCAGAGUGGAAAGGGCACUGGAGCCAGGUGAUGCCCACACCCUCUCACCCAGUGCCACAGGGAUGGGAGGUGAGAGGCUGGUGAGUCUGUCCCAGGGAGCACAAUGGGUGCUUAAGGCUGCCCCCUCCUCCCAGCCCCUCUGCAACACCCAGUGUCCUGGCACAGCAGCACGGAGCCUCAGUUGAGUCGGAGGAUUAGGAUAUACCACAAGGGUGAGGGCAACAAGGGGCCUAAAGAAUUGUCUGCCCCAGGAUCGACUUUUCCCCCAACUUAGCCACCGAUCUGCAAGUUGCUGAGGACCCGAGUCAGCACUCACCUUGCCUGUUCCUGUGUGGGCUCACGAAGUCCUGGAAGAAGGCUACUGCAAGACCAGCCCUCUGAGAAAUCAUCUCCACAUCUUGCCCCCUUUGGUAAAGAUCUUCAGUUUGCCCUGCAUUUGAAACAUGCACUGAAGAGAUACAGCAGGAGAGUCCCGAGAGAGCGCCCGCCACAGACAACAGUGGCCAGGGCUCCCCGUGAAGGUGACAGGAAAUGGAAAAGGCCAGUCUUGUCUCCUAUUUGCCUGCUGUUAGCCUAACCGUGAAAGUAUCUCUUUAUACAGAAUACUUACAGAUUCUAAUAUAUAUUUGUAUUUCAUUUUGUUAUAGUAUUUUUAUAUGUUAAAGUCAACAUCCAGUGUCCUGUUUUGAUUUUCAGAUGCUAUGUGCUCGUGAGAUUUUGUUUGGGGGUUUCUGUAGUCUUGUUUGGAUCGACUCCUUUGAAGAGACUUGUUUAGAACAGGCCCGUGAGGGAGCCACCCCUGCCCUUUCCCUAGAAGUAUUGCUUUAGAAUAUGUUGAUAUUGUCUGUUGUCUUCCAUGUGAACAUGACGUUGAUUCACUCA